AUGGGCUCAUCACACCCGCACUCGAGGAGGUCCCGGCCGUGGCCGCUUUCGGGGUGGCGACUCGCCGCCGUGGUCAACACGGCUCUGGUCUUCCUGUUCACGGUGUUCAUCACGGCCCUGCUAAUAUGGAGCAGCGCGCGGUCGGGCGGCACGAGCACGAACACAAUGUUCUUCACGGGCGACUGUGCGAAGAGCCGGACCAUGAACUUCUGGCUGCACCUGCUGCUGAACGUCUUCAGCACGGGUGUGUUGGCCUCGUCCAGCUUCUUCUGCCAAACUCUGAGCUCGCCCUCGCGGAGCGAGGUGGACGCCUCGCACGCGAGAGAGCAGCCGAUGUCGAUCGGCGUCCCGUCGGUGCGGAAUCUGUUCAAGGUGCAGCGGUUCAAGGGGAUCUCGUGGGCCUUGUUCUUUCUCAGCUCCAUCCCGCUGCACCUGUUCUUCAACUCGGCAAUCUUCCAGACCGAGUACCAGGGCGGCCAUUGGAACCUCGCCUUGGCGUCUGAGGCCUUUGCCGAAGGGGCACAGUACUUCAAUCCCGGGGCUAUCCUCAUGCCGACCGGAUCCAGCUACGGGGAUCGUAUUCCGUAUGAGGAUUAUUUCGACAGCGAGUCAGAGAUCUCGAAGCAGAUCACCUCGACCGCCAGUUCAGUCGGCAAGUGGAAGCGCAUCGAGGUGCCAGAGUGCCGGUCUCAGUACGAGUACUGCAACGCGCGGACCAAAUACGGCGACGUGGUGAUGGUGGUCAAGUCGCAGGACCCCGACCGCUUCAUGUUCCACGACACGAGUAGCCUCGGGUGGACGAGGGACAGCGUCAUUGGACCUCUGGACAACCUCGACGAGAAAUACUGGGAUCCGCACGUCCCCGCCAACGAGAGCAACUCGCUCUGGUUCUUCGCCAACUGCAACACCACGGCCGACCUCUCGCCCCAGACCCACCAGGCUGAAGGAUGUUUCUCGACGUGCAACGAGGCGUAUGGCAGGAAGGAGUUCGGGAACGGGUACCUCUCCGCGGACCAGAUCGACCCGACUUACAACUUCGACUUCAUCACGGACAGAUUGAGCGAUAUCGCUCAGGCCAACGAGCACUGGCCCGGCCUGGCCGAUCCGAGCGCUUCUCAGCUCGAGCUGGAGUAUUGCCUCGUCCAGGAGAUGGAACCAGUCUGCAAAGUCGGGCUUUCCAACGAGCUGUUGCUGGUUGUUGUCAUCUGUCUAAUAAUCAAGUCAUCGCUCUGCCUAAUGGUGACCAUCGUCCUUCCCCGCGACGAGCCGCUCGUCGUGCCGGGUGAUGCCAUCGUGUCGUUCAUGAACCGCCCCGACGUGCGCACCGUAUACAACUGCAACUUGGACCGAUCUCUAUGGAAGAGGGAGACAGAAAGCGAUGAUGAAUCCAAGCUCGACCGGCAUCGACCGCGCCAAUGGCAUCUGGAGGAACCUCGGAGAUGGCGGCGCGCCAUACCCAUCUCAGCGUGGCUAAGGAGCUACUUCCUCUUCGGCGCUGUGAUCGUCUUUCUUGGCUUCAUGUUUGGCAUUGCGCAGAAAACAAAUCCUUACAAUGAUGGAUCUCAGUCGAUCGCACAUAGUGCCACAAAUGGCAUCCUCAACAUCAGGGGCUCGGGCGGAGGCGAUUUGAUCCGCAGUGUCCUGACGGCUAACUUGCCGCAACUGCUUCUGUCGUUCUCCUACUACGCGUAUAACUCGCUGUACACGAUGCUCUGCGUUGAGAAAGAGUGGAAUGCGUAUAGUACCGAUUACCGCCCUCUGCGCGUCACCAGUCCCAAGGGCCAGCAGGUGUCGGCGUACCGCUUGCAGCUGCCAUAUCGAUACAGUAUCCCCCUGAUCGUGAUCAGCGCCCUCCUUCACUUCUUGGUCUCGAACACCCUCUACGUGUUCAUCCUUGAAGGCGGCUACUACAUGAUCAACGCCCCCAUCAGCUACUCGGACCAAGGCUCAGUUCCCUCACCCGUGCCCGGCAGUGGACUUAGCGAUGACGCAUUUAUCGGGAUCGGUUAUUCGACUGUGGCCAUUCUCAUCGUGCUCAUAGUAUAUAACGUUCUGGCCCUAAUCCCGCUGGUACUGUGCUGGUUUCGGAUGAAGGGGCCCAUGGUCCUUGGCGGGUUCAACUCCCUGGUCAUCUCGGCCGCCUGUCACUUCUCCCCCGUGCCCGCGGAGGCACUCGGCACGACAGCGUCGGCGUCGGCAUCUGCGGCGCCUGCGACAGCGAGGAAGCCACGGAGGGGCACGAGUUUCAGGAGGCCGCAGAAGCCGGCCCCAGCGCCGGUGCCGGACGCAAUUACGCAGAUCCCGGCGCAAGACGGGACCAUGGUGUACUACCAGGAGGGUGCGCUUCCGAGCUACGCGGGGCCGCUGGAGAUGCAAAUCUGCCUCGACGCCGACACCUCGUACGAAGCGGGCGUGUCGCGAUCGCAUUUAAAGAAGAAGAUCAUCCCGGACGAGACCGAGGCCGACGAGCUCGAGAUCAACGGAGAUGCCGUAGUCGAUGUAUCGCGGGGCCUGGUGCGCUGGGGCGCGCUGAAGGUCCCGCUUCGCGAGCGGGAUGGCUUGAAUGCCCUGGGCGGUGAUGUGGGACACAUCGGGUUCGGCUCCGAGGGACAUGAGGUUGAGACCCCUAUUGAGGGUCAUUGGUACAUGUAG